AUUGCCCCUCACUAGUCUUGUCAAUGUCGAAAUAUUGAGGUCUGAAAACUCUCCUCAAUGCCGAGUUUGACUCCAGCAUGGAUAUCUCGUCGUCUCAUCCUUCAAGGACAGGCCGCGUGCCCACGUUCUCAUGAAGUAUUCGACGCAGACGUCUUGCGAGUGCGAACACCGGCACGGCGGGGGCUGAUGCAGACACGGAGGACGAACCCGCAAACGAGGAAGACCUCACGGUGGCAUCCGCGAUCGAUAGAACUUCAUGAACCCGGGCCGCCGCGAGGCCUCUCAACGUCACGCAUCCCAGUACAGGAAUCGCAUACUCUGAGUGCCUGGUCAAAUCAGACGUGCACACGAUCCCCCUGAACAUCUUCCGUGCCAAUCGACUUAGGACACUCAAGCCUCUCGCCCUCUACCUGAUGCCUAGGAUCCAUGUCUGAAGAUCACCAGCACAAGUGGCAGAAGCUCUUCUUGGACGGCUCCGGGGCUGUCCGUCACCGGUACAAGUACGUCGUCUUGGACUCGUCGGAGAGGCUAUAUGCAUUCGGUCAGUGCCUGACGCCUCAGCUGGCGCAUCUGGAGCUCGAGUACAACGCUUACGAGGGCGAACACGACUUGCUGAGACACCGGGAAGUAGCAUUCCCUCUCUUGACGUCCUUAAAAGUCCAUCGAUAUCGAGCCAUCAACAAUCCUUAGACCCAGGCUGUCGCGAGUACAAGCAUAGCCGGCUCCACUGCGUCUAUCAUGACCUCCCCCUUUUACGGAUCACUCAAGCAAGACCAUUGACGAUGUGAACUUCCGAGCUGUUGAUGACUUUGGCCGCUUGCUAUCUGAGCUCGACCCCCUGCGCACGCUCAAGGCAUUUCUGCACUACGGAUAUACUCCCCGAUCGAGGCUUACCCAACCGCGCAUUCGGCCUUGGACCCUCGAGCGAGGGAAGACGCCGAUAGGUCUACUGCUGCCCUGCACAGAGCGACAAGUGUUCUCUCUCGGGCGGUGGGCGAUGCGAUCAGGCAUACCUGCUUCAGCCGCGAGAUAUAGACGGGUAUGACUGGUUCGUUUUUAGCGUGGCGGAUCGGAGACCAGACUCGAGGUGCGAUGCGAGGGGAACGUGUGGAGCUGCAGUUGC